CACCAACACAACGAAAAGCAUAUGUACAAAGGUGGACGAAGUGUUUGAAGUGAAGUGGGAGAGGGCUCACUUUGAAACGAGCACUGUAGGCAAGUAAAAAAAGGGUUGAGAAAAUGAGCGAGAUGGAGCGAUUCUUCAACGUCAAAAACUCUCGCCAUGUUGUACGGGAAAUGCCGACUGUGUUUCAUUUGACAUCUGUCUUUGAGUUCAGCAAACAGGAACUUUUCUAGGGUGGAAAAUUAAUACUUUUUCAUGUCCAAAAGUAAACCCAAAGAUCCGUGCAAACCGGCUGCCUGUAAAAUUCAAACCUGUCUGAGAGAACACAACUACGACGAGGUAAAGUGCUACGAUGUCAUCGACGAUAUGAGGCAAUGCUGUCUGAAGUGGCACAAGGUAUCACUUUGCUGUUCCGGCAUUCAACUAGAUCGUGAUUACAAAGCCGAAAAGGAAAGCAUCCUACGGGAGCGAGAAGCAACCAGCAAGGGAAAUGCACCCUGACCCGAGACGACCGCUUCGAGUCCCGAAACGAAACUGGUUCCAAAGAAAUCCCCGUACGUUCAGUUCCCUUCUAACCGGCACCGCCCUACUGAUAUUCUUUUCCAAACCUCUAUACGACGCGUUUAUUGCCGAUCCCGUACCGGGUGCAUUGCCGCCACGCGAAAUUCGUUCGAUACGCAUUGGACCGAAGUAGGCAGUGAAGGAGAAUCGCGGUGUUGUUAGCUCCUUUUGCCGUACCGUGCUUCGCAAUGGAAUCAGUGAAACGGGCCAACCAGCGGCUUCGCAGUUAUCCACUGUUAAUGGCCAAGUGCUCAGUGGCCGCCGCCGCGUACGCUACAUGCGUGACAACCGAUCUUAAUGUAGCGCAUCGUUCAUGCGAUAAAGAAUUUAACAACUUCAAAGAGUGCAUGAGGAAAGCCGCUAUCGAAAUGAAAACAAAGUUGUAGAAAGUUGACUUGUGUGAACGAAGCUAACAAACGUAGAAAUCAGUUUAGAUAACGAAUGCCGCAAACACUAACCUAGGUUAUAGUUUCAUAAACACACCACCAACUGUGAAGUGCGCAUAAAAAUGUCAUUCAAAAAGCAUCUCAUUAUCAGUACGCUGAUACGUGUUUUCCUCAUAUACUACGGCGAGGUGCAGGACAGUUUAUCGGACGUGCAAUAUACAGAUGUGGACUACCGCGUGGUCACUGACGGUGCUAACCAUGUGCUGGCUCUGGGAUCUCCGUUCAAAAGACACACCUAUCGGUAUACGCCGCUGCUAGCCUACUUGGUGCUGCCAAACUUGCUGGUGCAUCCGAGCUUUGGAAAGUUCAUCUUUUCCCUCUUUGACAUCCUAAUUGGCGUGCUGAUCAAGUGGAUCCUGCUGAAUUGCUACCGCAGCAACAAAAUAUCGAUCGAAACGAAGCUGCUCAAGCUGGAAACCCUGAACAAUCGGAACAAGUAUUUGAUUAAGCGAAAAAAUGAAAUUCUAAACAGCAACAACGAAGCGCUGCCUCCUAAGUACAUCCGGAUGGCCGAAAUCAGUGCCUACUGCUGGCUGUACAACCCGCUCACCAUGAUCAUUGCAACACGCGGUAAUGGCGAUUGCGUAUCAUGCUCGCUAGUUCUUCUAUCGAUCUACUUUCUGCUUAAGAAUGAACAAACCAUUGUGCAAUACUUUGUCGCCGGGCUGUUUCUCGGCCUUUCAAUUCAUUUCCGACUCUAUCCCAUCGGAUUCUGCUUAGCCUUCUAUCUAGCCACACAGAACCGAACGCUGGAAAAAUGGCACGAUAUCGUCCGCAGCAUUCUAAAACCGAAUCCAAAACAAAUUGCCCUCGUGCUGGGAACAGUUGUUGCCUUGGGUUCUACAAGCGCCUUAUUCUAUUGGCUGUACGGAUAUCAAUUCAUUUACGAAUCAAUGCUCUACCAUCUGGUGCGGAAGGACACGAGACACAACUUUUCACUCUACUUCUAUCUGCAAUAUCUUAGUUCCACGUUCGACGUGACUGUGCUCGAAAAGGUUCUCACCUUUCUACCACAGCUUAUACUUAUCCUGAUGCUAACCGUGCGAUACGGCCAACAUCGACAGACGCUGUCUUUUGGACUGUUUGCCAUCGCCUUUGUAAUGGUCACGUACAAUCCGGUCGUUACAUCGCAGUACUUCGUCUGGUUUCUGUCUCUCCUGCCUCUGUGUGUGAAGAACUUCCGUAACAUCGGCAUCCGCAAAGCAGUUUUCAUUCCAGUGAUGUGGUUUAUUUCGCAGGGUGGAUGGCUCUUACCCGCCUAUCUACUGGAGUUCAAAGGCUGGAACACGUUCGAAUUCAUUUGGAUACAGAGCAUCGUUUUCUUCUUCUCUAACGUACUGAUUCUGCAGAUGCUUAUUAGUAACUAUGAUAUUGCGUACAAUUACAAAAUAGAUUAAACCGCCUAUCGCUUCAUCAGUCAGUGUAAAUAAAAUUUUGUAUUUCUACGUACUAA